CGCACCAUCACCACCAUCACCACCACCACCACCACCACCACAAUCAUGAAGGUGGGUGUUGUGAUCUUCGUCCUGGGUGUGGUGGCUACUGGGGCUACUGCUGUGGGGCUGGCUGAUGCUGACGCUGGUCCUGUGGCACUUCCAGAGGCACUACCUGAGGCACUCCCUGAAGCAUUCCCUGUGGCACUCCCUGAUGCUAUCCCUGAUCCUGUGGCAUUCCCCGAGGCUCUCCCUGAAGCCCUCCCUGACCCUUUUCCACUGGCACUUCCUGAGGCCCUCCCUGAUCCCGUCUCUGACCCCCUGCCUGACCCUGACGCAGCCUCCAUAAGCCUCUCGGAUCCUGAAGGGCGUCUGGACCCUGAGCAGCCUGAUGGGGACGGCAAGUCAAUCCUCAACAGCAGCCCUUUCUUCGGAUUCCAGCCCAUCGUCACCACCACCACUACCACUACAGAGUCUCCGCCAGUCACCGUCUCCGCCUUCGCCCGCGCCCACCGCAACACACGCCCCACCCUCACCAGGUCACGGAUACUGCGUAGGCCCAUUGGCAGAGUGAGGAGCAGGACAGUCCCAACGGUAGACAUCAAGAGCAUCCCUGUCACCUUCAACAAACGAGUGUCACUUAGGGACUCCAUCGGGACCACUGAGGCUGAGACCACUGCCAGCCCCGAGGAGUCAGACCAGGACCCCGAGAAGCCAGUGAUAUCCCCAAACCAGUCUGUGUUCAAGCCACGCCCCAUCGCCCGCACCGUCUCUCCUACAGGCAAGAACAACAAGCUGCGUCUGGUGAAGCUCAAGCCGGUGCUGUCCCAGAGGCAAAGCUUGGGCGGGCCGCAGUCUGACAUCCUCGGGUCUGCCUUCCUGUCCCAGCCGUCAGUUAGAGCUCACAGAUUCGCACCCUCGCAGCUCACUCUCUCCCCAGUGCCUGAGCUCCACCCUCGCACCCAUACCUUCCCCUCCCCCUCCCUGCACUUCCCCACCGACCCACGCUCAGACUUCACAUCACCAAGCCUGCACUUCCCCGGCGAGCCACAGCACCCCUCAGGCUUCACCCAAAACACCCACCCCUUCCCGCCCCUCCCCCUGAACUUGCCCACCGAGCCACGCCCUUCAGAUUUAAGCUCCCCACGUCACAUCUUCAGCCAGCCUUUCACCCCUGCGCCGCUACAAGUCCCAGUUAGCCACCCCCAUAGAUUUGCAGUACCUUCUGACCCACACCUCGCCUCACCAGCCCCAAACCAGCCCCUCCAAGACCCUCAUCAGAACAGUGUCUUCGUAGCAGCCACCCCAGACCCGUUUUCUUUCCUUGGUCAGCCUGUUCAUCAGAGUCACGCUCCUUCACUGCCCUCUGCUUCACUUCCUUCCGCCACAGUCAAGCCCCGAGCCAAGUCCCUCCACCAAAGACGCCGCAGACCCACACCCAGCUCCCAGAUCAGAGGGCAGCUCCUGAACGCCUACAUACUGCCAGACGCUCACUAUAAACCCAAGCCCAGAAAGGUAAUCCAGAAGACCACAGCGUCCCCAGCCGUCCUGCACCAGCCCUCCGUCACCCAAGUAUUCCCUGCCGCACCACCACGCAUCAAGGCACCAAUCACGCCCAUAGUAGCACCGCACACCGACCACGCAGCCCACGUAGAGGACCCACACUACGCCCACGAACGCUACGAUGUGGGGUGGGCGGUGCAGGACGCUCACUACGGCACGCACUUCAACCAGCAGGAGUCUAGGAGCGACGGAAGGACUCAGGGUUCCUACUCGGUCCUACUCCCUGACGGACGCCUUCAAACUGUCAGCUACUAUGUGGAUGGAAACUCAGGAUAUGUUGCUAAAGUAUCCUACUCCACUCCUGACGUGAAAUCCUACGGGGUUGCGAAGGAUACCCACGCUCAGUCAUCCUACGCGCAGGAUUCUUACUCCUCCUACACACAUACUUAAACAGGAUGUACUAUGAGAAGGAAAUAUGAAUGGAUUGGCUUGCUGGUUGCUACAAAUAGAUCCGCUGUAAUUAUUUGAGGGUGUUUUAGUGUUUUAGUGCUAGUGUGGUGGUGUGUAUGUGUGUGUGUUGGUGUGUAGGUGUAUUUAAUCUGUUUCUGGUGUUUGUGGUGUUGGUGUUGGCUGGCUGGUGGCUGGAAGUAAAGGAGAAGAUGAAUGCAUGUGUGUUAUGUCGUGAUUCUUUGCAAGGUGUGAUUCAUAAGGGUACAGGUGAGGACAGGUGAUGAUAAGGUAAGGUGAACUGUGGCAAGGUUCUACAAAGGCAGGUUAGGUAUAGUUAUGUAUGAUAGAGCUAUAGUAUGAGGUAAGGUGAGGUGAGGUGAGGUAAGAUGAGGUAAGAUGAGGUGAGGAUUCUAUAAAGGCAGGUUAAGUAUGGCUAUAUAAGAUUUAACUAUAGUAUAAAGUGCAGGUGAGGUAAGGAAAGAUUAGGUGAGCUGAGGUAAAGCAAAGGAAGGUAAAGGAAGGUAAAGGAAGGUAAGGUACGAUAAGGCAAGAUAAAGACAAAACAAAGCAAGGUCAGAUAACUCAAAUAAUUAGUAUAGAAAUCACUUGGGGUCAAUAUUCCCUAUAUAUAUAUAUAUAUAUUUUUUUUUUUUUUCCAGAGACACGCUGUCACUCUUUCUAAACGGGAUUCUAGAGGCAUAAAUUUCUGCAUUUUUCCCUUGUCUUUUUCAUACAUUUUUUCAUCAUUUUUUUCCUUUCUGUCUAUUUUCAAAGCAAAUCUCGUUUAUAACUCCAUCAACACACACACACACACACACACACACACACACACGAGAGAGAGAGAGAGAGAGAGAGAGAGAGAGAGAGAGAGAGAGAGAGAGAGAGAGAGAGAGAGAGAGAGAGAGAGAGAGAGAGAGAGUGUGUGUAUUUUCCUCUAAGGUCACAAAUAACAAGAGACACAAGAGCAGAACAAAAACAUAUAUAUAAAAAGCACGUCAAUAAAGAGAUGUAUCUUUCUUAGUACCAUAAUUAUUGUUUCUAACGUCAAAUACUGUUUAUUUCCACACACAACUAACAUAAACUAACCUAACCUAACCUAACUUAACCUAACCUAACGUAACCAAAAUCUAUCUUAACCUGACCUAACUUAACCGUACCUAACCUAACCUAACCUUA